UUGAUUUUAAUGGCCUCAAUUAUAUUGCCCAUUUUGCCACUGCUAAAUGUGCUCGCCCUCUAUUUUGUUGUGCUAAUUACUAUGUUCUGACUGCUGAUUCAGGCAGCAAGCUCGUGGUAAUGGAGUCUUCGAGCUAGCUAGGAUGUUUACUGUAAACGCCAUGCUGACUACAAUCUUCUGCUUCUUCUUGUUAUGUUUUCCAUUUCUUUGCUCUGCAAGAGAUAACAUAACAUGGAACAGUUCCAUUACUGAGUUCCCAAAAGAAACACUUGUUUCUGCUGGAGGAAGAUUCGAGCUAGGAAUCUUUACUCCAAAUGAUGGAAGCAGAAGAUACGUUGGGAUAUGGUACUACAAGUCCAAUCCAAGAACUGUUGUAUGGGUUGCUAAUCGCCAGAGUCCGCUUGGCGGUUCCGAUGGGGUUUUUGCCAUUGGAAAAGAUGGCAACGCCGUGGUCUUAGAUGGAAAUAACAAGAGUUACUGGUCGACGUCGUCGUCGACCGUUCAAGCUAGAAAUUCGUCAUAUACCAACAGGAUGUUGAAGCUCCUGGAUUCUGGGAACCUGGUUCUAUUGGAAGAAAAUGGAAUUAACAAUACAGUGAUACAGAUCUGGCAAAGCUUUGAAAAUCCGACUGACACAUUUCUUCCCGGUAUGAAGAUGGAUACAAACAGGGCGUUGACUUCAUGGAAAAGUAUUGACGAUCCGAGUCCGGGGUAUUUCACGUUCCAGCAAGACCAAGAUGGACAAAACCAUUAUUCAAUCCGGAAAGAAGGGUCAAUCCUAUUCUGGCAAAGCAAGGUCUCGGGCGAUUUCAUUGCCUCCAAUGACGAUGAACUACUCGCUUUGGUAUUUUCAGGAGAUUUCCCUUCCGAAAAGCAGGAUAUGAGGCUGGUUAUGGAUCACUCGGGGAAGAUACAGUAUUAUAUUGCGGUAAACGGCACGACAGAGUGGUCGCUUUUAGAUAAGGAUCAGUGGGAUUUGCAUUGGUGGGAGCCAAGAAACAGAUGCAGUGUGUACAAUGCUUGUGGAAAUUUUGGUAGCUGCAAUAGUAGGACGAAGUCGCUCUGCAAGUGUCUCCCUGGGUUUCGGCCAAAAUCUCCAAACAAAUGGAAUUCCAGGGAUUUUUCAGAUGGGUGCGAAAGAGUUUCAUCCAUAUGCGACGAGAAUGUUGAAAGUGACGACUUCCUGAGCCUGAAGAUGAUGAAAGUGGGAAAGCCGAAGGAUAUAUUUCACGUUCGUAAUGAAUCAGAUUGUGCAAAUGGAUGUCUUCUCAACUGCAACUGCCAAGCUUAUUCAUAUACUGAAAACACAAGACAGCGAUAUGAUAGUCAAGGUAAAAGCUAUACUUGGGGGGAUCUUGAUAAUCUCUGGGAGAAUUUCACUGGUGGCCGUGACCUCUCUGUCCGGGUGGCAGCUUCUUAUAUAGGAUCGAGAAAAAGAACUUGCAAGCCAUGUGGGACUAACUACAUUCCAUAUCCAUUAAGCACUGCACUAAACUGUGGUGAUCCCUCGUACUUCAGCUUUGACUGCAACAUGGAAAAUGGCACCCUAAGCUUUAUUACACCCAAUGUCAACUACAGUGUCACCAGGAUCAAUCAAGAAAGACUUACAUUUGCCAUCCAAGUCAAAGAUGCACUUAACUGUUCAUCAGCUACUGAUUCAGCGGGCAAAAUUCUGCAGCUCAACCAUUCCUUGCGGUUUAAAGUGAGCAGUGGGUGCAAUGAGUCGAGUAACUCCAUUUCAGAUCCUCCUUUUGAAGAUAGCGUGAUAAGAGAAAUAGAAAUUGGAUGGGAACAACCAUCGGAGCCAAAAUGCAGUUCGUUGGAACUCUGCACCGAUUGGGAACAUACGACUUGCAGGGACAGGAAAGAUGGACAUGGUAACUGCCGUUGCAGUGGACCCUACAGAUGGGAUCCCGUUAAUGUCAACUGCACUUCAGUCCCUAGUUCCUCUGGACCUGAUGAAGGGUCUUCACAGAAGAAGAAUAAGCAGCUAUCAUAUCGUAUUUUCGUGGGGAUUCUUGCAACUAUAAUUGUCAUCUUAUGUAUAAUUUUUUCAGGACACUAUUUGAAAAGAAGACGAGUGGCCAAUAGACAAGAUAACAGGGGAAGCAAUCAGGGAAGCAUCGCAUUGUACUUGUACGACAUUGAGAGACGUGUCAAAGAUUUUAUAAAUUCAGGUGAGUUUAGAGAAGAUGAUAAGAAAGGCAUAGAUGUACCAUUUUUUGCUUUGGCAACCAUACUAGUUGCUACAGACAACUUCUCAGAGGCAAACAAGCUUGGACAAGGAGGGUUUGGGCCUGUUUACAAGGGUAAGUUUCCAGGAGGACAACUUAUUGCUAUAAAAAGGCUGUCACAAGGUUCAGGACAAGGCUUAGAAGAAUUUAAGAAUGAGGUUAUGUUGAUUGCCAAACUUCAGCAUAGGAAUCUUGUUAGACUUUUGGGCUAUUGCAUUGACAGAGAUGAAAAGAUGUUACUCUAUGAAUAUAUGCCCAACAGAAGCCUAGACUCCUUCUUAUUUGAUCGAACACUAUGUGUGUUACUAAACUGGGAGAUACGCUUUGACAUCAUUUUGGGAAUCGCUCGAGGGCUGCUUUAUCUUCACCAAGAUUCUAGGCUGAGGAUCAUUCAUAGAGAUUUGAAGACAGGUAACAUUCUGCUGGAUGAGGAGAUGAACCCCAAGAUUUCUGACUUCGGCUUGGCAAGGAUCUUUGGAGGCAAACAAACUGAGGGAACCACGACCAGGGUAGUAGGGACUUACGGCUACAUGUCUCCUGAAUAUGCAUUGGAUGGGUUUUUCUCAUUCAAAUCUGAUGUCUUCAGCUUUGGUGUGGUUGUACUUGAAAUUAUCAGUGGGAAAAGGAACACAGGAUUUUUCCAGUCAGAAAGGUCUUUGAGUCUUCUAGGCUAUGCAUGGAAAUUGUGGAAAGAAGACAGGGCAUUGGAUUUAAUGGACCAGACAAUACUUGAGAGUUGCAACACAAACGAAUUUUUGAGGUGUGUCAAUGUUGGACUUUUAUGUGUACAAGAAGACCCCAGUGAUCGUCCCACUAUGUUGAAUGCAGUUUUCAUGCUUGGGAAUGAAACUGCAACUCUCCCAACUCCUAAACAACCAGCCUUUGUUGUAAGGAGAUCCCUUUCUAGCACAGGUUCUUCUUCUAGUAAACCACGAACAUUUAAUGAAUUAACAGCUACCAUUGAAGAAGGUCGAUGAUGAUGGAAGUUCUCAUCAUGAGUCCUGUUUUCUCUCCACCAGUUUCUACUACUUCAUCAGUGGAACUUCUUUUAUUUGUUUCCCAUCUGUUUGAAUUAACCUCCUAGUAGUUGUUUUUCUCCCCUGUUUUCUGAUUAGAAUGUCUGUGAAUCUGGCUCCAUUGUGUUUGUUAUUUAAUCCUUUCAUUAGUACA